CAGAACACCAAACUGCCGCUUCCGCACUGCUUCCUUGUUUAUUAGUUUUAGGUGAAAUAGUGCCUUCAGAAGAGUAAGAAGUGUAUUUAUUCUGUCUUUGGAAACGGCGAGUAACUCUCCACAACCUUUCUGAAUCUCCAGCUAACUGACGUGCUAACACAGAGAAACGGAAUACAUUUGAUGUCCAGGAGGGAGCCAGGAUCUGAGUUUCAUCACAACCAAGUCUAGGUUCAGCUUCUGGUCUGAAUGGCCACAGCUGCAGAGGAGCCUCCAGGGCUGCCUGGCAUCUCUGGCAUUUCGGCUGCGACUCGAAAAAAUGCGCUUCCGGAGAGUCCCAUCACCACCAUGUCUCCGGCCAUGAAGAAAACCAUCGGCCAUCGAGGAAUUGACACCACGGGGGAGACGACGUACAAGAAGACAACAUCAUCCGCCCUCCAAGGCGCUAUCCAGUUAGGCAUCACACACACGGUGGGCAGCUUAACUCAGAAACCUGAGAGAGACGUGCUGCUGCAGGACUUUGAAGUGGUCGAAAGCAUCUUCUUUCCUAGUGAGGGCAGUAACCUGACACCAGCCCACCACUAUGGAGACUUCCAGUUCAAGACGUAUGCCCCAAUGGCCUUCCGCUACUUCAGGGAGAUGUUUGGCAUCCGGCCUGACGACUACAUGUACUCUCUGUGUAAUGAGUCGCUGAUAGAGCUGUCAAACUCCGGAGCCAGUGGAUCUCUCUUCUACGUCUCCAGUGAUGAUGAGUUCAUCAUCAAGACAGUGCAGCACAAAGAGGCGGAGUUUCUGCAGAAACUGCUUCCAGGAUACUUCAUGAACCUGAACCAGAACAAGCGGACCUUAUUACCAAAGUUUUACGGCCUGUACUGCGUCCAUGCAGGGGGUAAGAACAUCCGCAUUGUAGCCAUGAACAAUCUGCUGCCGAGCUCCGUACGGAUGCACCUCAAGUACGAUCUGAAGGGCUCCACCUACAAGAGACGAGCUUCAGCUAAAGAGAGGGAGAAGGCCGUGCCCACAUACAAGGACCUGGAUUUCAUGCAGAACAUGCAGGACGGGCUGUUACUGGAGGGGGACAAGUACCAUGCUGUUUGCAAGACCCUCCAGAGAGACUGUCUGCUUUUGCAAAGUUUUAAGAUUAUGGACUACAGCCUUCUGGUGGGAGUCCACAAUGUUGAUCAGGCGUGUUUAGAGCAAGCUGGCGAAGAGGCAGUUGCCGGGGCAGCGGACCAGAGGAGGCCGCAGGUUCAGAAGUCCCUCUACAGCACUGCUAUUGAGGCCAUCCAGGCUGAUGUGGGGCGCAUGGGAUCACAGGACACAGAGGACAAAACUGGAGGAAUCCCAGCACGCAACUCAAAAGGCGAGAGGCAGCUGGUGUAUAUUGGUAUCAUUGACAUUCUGCAGUCCUAUAGAUUUGUAAAGAGGCUUGAACACUCGUGGAAAGCGCUGGUUCACGAUGGGGAUACUGUAUCGGUUCACAGACCGAGUUUCUACGCAGACCGAUUUCACAAGUUCAUGUGCAAUGUCGUCUUCAGGAAGCUAUCAUUGAAGACCUCGCCAACUAAGAAGCGGCGAGCCGUGUCACAUGCUCCUCUGAGAAAGCUGGCUGGACCGGGGCCUCCUCUGUCGACUCAAGUGAGCAUCAACAGCCAGCACCCUGUUUUCCAAAGUCAAAGCAGCAAUGAGACCAAAGAAGAAACCGAAGGAGACAAAGUCCUCCAGUCAGGUCGUCCUGACCUCCUCCCAAAGACCUUACCGCCCAGCAACGCUGUUGGCAAACCUGCUGAAACCGCCUCCUCCACCUCCUCCACCUCCUUGGGAGACCCUGCUCCAACAAGUCAGCCUCCGCCUCCCUCUGAGGACACAUACAUGUCGGUGGGAGUGGAUUUAAACAGCACAUCGAGCAAAGACCAGGAGCACAGCACCACCAAGAGAACUCAGUUUGAAGAAAUCGGUUCUGUGGAGGUCAUCUCACUUCGUGACAUUGUUCCUGCUGCAAGCAAAUGCUCUGUAAGUUAAUAAAAUCCUCUGAAUCUUGUGACACCUUUAGCUCAUUCUGGGUAUUUUUCUUUUUUAAUUGUGUUCAUUGUUUUUGGUUUACAGGUGUAGAAAAAUGAACUCAAAUGAACAGAGACAAACUUGGAAGAUGUUAUGAGCACAAAUGUUACAACCUCUAAUUUGGUGAGAUUUGAGGUAAAGUUAUAUAUCGUUUCAGUGAGACCAAGUGGGAUUUUAAAUGUUUUUUUGUUUAGUUUUUGCACUUUUGAUUUCCAAAUCUCAACAUGGUGUGAGCAUGUUAGCGGGUGGUUGUGUCGGACACUAGUGAUUGCGGGUACAUCAAGGCUAUGGUGCUUAUUGAACACUAUUAUUCAUCUCAUAGGAAAGCUUUUUUAUGCACAAUCAAGGAUUAUUCUUGGCACCAAUGUGCCCAUCUCCAUUUAGAGUGUAACAAGAGGACUUUGCCUUAUUUGAGCACAUCUUUAUUUAAGCAAUGUUAUCAAUCGAAUUUUAUUCUUUUUUUUAUUUCUCCUUCUUUGGUGUAUAACAAACGCUGUCGCACAUCAUCAUGCAUACUUGGAAGUGUCUCAAGCCCAGAGUAUCAUGUAUGGCUUGAAUGCUUUAACACAAAACCAUGUCAUAUGUGUUUCAGAACACAGUUUUAAAUAAAAGUUUAAAUUUUUUAAGGAAAUUACUGUAUUCAUAAUGGGUAUGCUGCCUUUUUAAAGUCUACUCUUAAUGCAAACCAUGCUAGAAGAACAUGCCUUUUCUAUUCAACCAGCUAUUAUAAUAACUGACUGUGAAUUAUAAAUGACUCCUCUCAUGUUCAGGUCAAAAGGUUUAUUGAAAGCAGUGUUUAUACUUAUAAACUGUACGAUCUGAUAUCAAUUUCAGGCCUAGUGUGUAGAUGUCCAAAUGUGACGCAAGUACUGGUACUCGAAUGGCUUUAAACAAAGCACCACAACAAACCCUGAGCUUGGGUCUGCCUCAUGAAGCAAGAAUAGUGAGUUAGUCAGCUAAGUUUAGUGUGGAUAAAAGAACCCCUUACAUAUGGGCUGUGAGGGUGAAAAUUCCCUUUUCUUACAGGCCCCUUUCUUACAGGAUUUAAAAAAACAACAGCAUUUAGUUUAAAGUGUCAUGUACCAAAGUGUAUGACAUUAUUACAAAUGCAGUACAAUCAUCUUGUUUUCAUUAUAAUGUAUUACAUUGGUAUUAUAAUAUAAUACAUGUUUGCAGUACAAGGUGUCCCACUACGUCUCUAAACAUGCAGGGCAAUGCUAACUUAGAUGUACCUGUAGUCUAUAAACUAUUGUUUCAUAGUAUUCCUAUUUGUUCAGUGUAGUAUGAACACAUUCUAACACUGCAGCCACUGCACACAAAACUGUUUGUUUCUUUUUGGAUGGUGUCUGUGUGCGUGCUUGCCGUUUUAUCUUUUUACAUUUCAUCCACGAGAAAAAAAGUUUGCCGAAUGUCAUUGGGUGGGAUGCAGUGGCCAAAAGAAAAUUAGCAAUAUGGUUUCACAGGAGUUUUUGACUUUGUUGCUGAAUACUUCAAACUAUACACACGGGGGGUACCAGAUUUUAUAAAGUAUUUUUAUUUGCAAGUUGGCACUAUUUGUGGUCCGAUGCUAUAAAUGAAAAAAGCUAAGUAUAAACUCAACAUGGAUUAUUUAAAUUUGAGUAAUCUACUUCCAACACCUCUACUACUUAUGUCAACCAUAUAUUAAGUGUAUUUUCAACCUGAUUCAUGUUUGACUGUUUUAUUAUUUUAAGCUUUUUGUAUUCCCGUUCCUGCUUUUAUAUUCCAGUGGGGCUUCUUAUGGUUAAUGGUGAUAAUAAUGACGUAAAUAUAACAUUUGUCAUCUUUUAAUAAAAUCAUUAAGAAAAAGACACAAAUUGUUAGUGUAAAGUGUGUUGAGGCUCAUAAACUAAAGAAAUAUUUUUGAGACAGGCCCCAACCAAGGCAUAGUUGUAAUUUUAUUUGUCUUAAUUUAACAUUGAAAGAUUCUUUGACCAUGCAACACAAAUCUUUGUUUACAUCGUAUAUAUUCCUGAAUGAUAAAACGAUGCAUAACAUUAAAUUUAAUCGAUAAUAUUCCCACCAACAUAAGUUUAAAAAGCAUCAUUUGGGUUCAUUUAUACAUCCUGUAAAUUAUAUUUUAUUCUCCUGGCUGUUCAAUCUGUCAGCCAAUUAAUUAUGUCCCCAUAUUUAAAGUAAAACUGUUUCUCAUUGAAUAAACUCCAAAUCAGUGACACAUGCAGCCUAUGAACCUAACAUGUACAUAGUUAUAUGUAUUAUAGUAUUUAUUACUGAAUGUAUUGCUCUGGUGCCCAGAACGUUUAUGAAUAGUGAUAAUGGAUUGAAAAUGUGCCUUUCUAUAGCACAGCAAGCCUGUAUCUAAGGCUGCUUUUUUAAAUCAUCAUGUAUUUCUUUCUGUAUACUUUGUUAGUUGGUCUUCACUUGCCUUUGAAUUAUAUACAAUAAAUGUGUGCACAUCUAUGCAGGAACCACAGCAAGGCCUUUUCACAGAUUAUGUAUUUACAAGGGAUGUACUGUUUUUCUACACUUGUACCUGAAAUUAUUAAAGAAAAAAUGUGCUUGCAAAA